AAUACAGAGAUACAGUCGGAGGUGCUGGUGGAGUAGAGUGCCUGGCCUGUCCCCAGUACCGGUCCGGUAGAAUCGAGCUGCUGCUGCGAUGGAGUGUGUUCUUUUGGUUCGUGGAUUUCUCCGGUCCCUGCUGGUGCUGCUGCUGUGGUCCAGAUGUGACGGGAGAGAUUCCGAGUUGAGCUACGUGACCUGCGGCUCGCUGGUCAAACUGCUGAACACCAGACACAACGUGCGCCUGCACUCCCACGACGUCAAAUACGGCUCAGGCAGUGGUCAACAGUCUGUAACUGGAGUGGAGAGUGCAGAUGAUGCCAACAGCUACUGGCAGAUUCGAGGAAGACCCGACCGAAUGUGUCAGCGUGGCUCCGCCGUCAGGUGUGGUCAGGGUGUUCGCAUCACGCACAUGAAGACGGGCCGGAACCUCCACACUCACCACUUCAGCUCUCCUCUGUCUCAUAACCAGGAAGUCAGUGCGUUUGGAGAGAACGGUGAGGGAGAUGACCUUGAUGUGUGGAUGGUUCAGUGUGACGGGGAGUACUGGGAACGUGACGAGGUGGUGCGCUUCAAACACGUGGGCACGGAUGUCUUCCUAAGCAUCACUGGCGAGCAGUAUGGCCAUCCGAUCCGCGGUCAGAGGGAGGUGCACGGCAUGAGCUCCCCCAACCAGCACAACUGGUGGCGCACGAUGGAGGGGGUCUUCAUACAGCCCAGUCUGGAGCCGCUGCGCCACGACGAGCUGUGACAUCAUCACUGAGAGACAGAAUGUGUGAACCGGCGGUCUGAAGAUUCCUUCAGAUGUGUUUUUUCAGUUUUUCAGGUCCAAAUGUGUUGUGGGGUUGAAGUGACAGAAUAAGAUGUAAUGGUUUUGUGUUGUGUCAGUCCAGUGUUCAAGGUGCUGCUUUUACUCAUUUAUUUUUCUCGUCUUUUUCCUUUUUAGAAAAUGUGAAAAACCUUGUUUAAAACUUUGAAGGUCACUCCGAGUUAAACUCAGUGCUGUUUUACUUCUUAUUUAAUUUCUAAAAUUGCUAGUG